CACAGAGAGAGGGAGAGAGAGUGCAGAGAAGAAGCAAACGGACGUGAGUCGUGACCGUAUGAAGGCGCAAUAGCCAAGACCCCGUAAAAUAAAAUAUUACAAAUCCACAGGGAGUCUAAGCAGACCAGUCUCCUUAUUUAUAGCACCUUGAAAUCACACCGAGUAAGGACCAAAGCUUGGAAACACAAAACCAAUAGCCAACGCCCCUUGCUGCUGCUGUGACGUCUCUCUGAAUUUUCUGAUUAACAAUGGAGAACAGAAAAACCAGAAGCGUGUUUAGUGUCCCAAUGUGUGGUGAAGAACAGCUUGAGCUCUCAAGAGAUGGCAGCCAAUACAGUCUCUCUACAGGGAUAUUGCCUUCGCUUGGUGCAAGGUCUAGCAACCGGAGAGUCAAGCUCAGCCGCUUUAUUGUGUCACCUUAUGACCGCCGCUAUAGGGGAUGGGAAACAUAUCUUGUUGUUCUGGUCAUCUAUACUGCUUGGGUGUCGCCGUUUGAAUUUGGUUUCCUUAAGGGACCAGGGGGACCGCUCUCCAUUGUAGAUAAUGUUGUCAAUGGUUUCUUUGCUGUGGAUAUUGUUCUUACAUUCUUUGUGGCUUACCUGGAUAAGUCUACAUAUCUACUUGUUGAUGAUCACAAAAGGAUUGGUUGGAAGUAUGCAAGAUCCUGGUUUCUCUUUGAUGUCAUAUCCACAAUCCCGUCUGAACUUGCUACAAAGAUCUUUCCAAAAUCUGUGCAAUCUUAUGGCGUUUUCAACAUGCUUCGUCUUUGGCGUCUACGAAGAGUUAGUGCACUAUUUUCCAGAUUGGAGAAAGAUAGGAACUAUAACUACUUUUGGGUUCGGUGUGCAAAACUUAUUUGUGUCACUCUUUUUGCCAUUCACUGUGCUGGAUGCUUCUAUUAUCUUUUAGCUGCACGUUAUCGUGACCCCCAGAAAACGUGGAUGGGAGUAGAAAUCCUAGAAGAAAACAUGUGGAUUCGAUAUGUAACUUCAGUUUAUUGGUCUAUCACUACACUAACAACAGUUGGAUAUGGAGAUCUGCAUCCGGUGAAUACAAGGGAGAUGAUCUUUGACAUAGUCUACAUGCUCUUCAACCUGGGAUUGACAUCAUACUUAAUUGGAAAUAUGACCAACUUGGUUGUCCAUGGGACCAGUCGAACUAGAAAAUUUAGGGAUACCAUACAAGCUGCCUCCAGUUUUGCGCAGAGGAACCAACUGCCUGGCCGCCUGCAGGAUCAGAUGCUUGCACACUUGUGUCUGAAGUUCAGAACAGACUCAGAAGGACUGCAGCAACAAGAGACUCUUGAUGCCCUUCCUAAAGCCAUCCGCUCAAGUAUUUCACAUUAUCUUUUUUACUCUCUUGUCGAUAAAGUGUACUUGUUUCAUGGGGUUUCAAAUGACUUGCUUUUUCAGUUGGUGUCAGAGAUGAAAGCCGAGUAUUUUCCUCCCAAAGAAGAUAUAAUCUUGCAGAAUGAAGCACCCACUGAUUUCUACGUACUUGUCACUGGUGUUGCGGAUUUAGUGGUUCUCAAAAACGGAGUUGAACAGGUCAUUGGUGAGGUAAAAGCUGGUGAUCUUAUUGGUGAGAUUGGGGUGCUCUGUUAUAGGCCACAGCUCUUUACAGUUAGGACCAAAAGAUUGAGUCAGCUACUAAGGCUGAACCGUACUGCUUUCUUAAAUAUCGUUCAAGCUAAUGUUGGAGAUGGAACUGUAAUUAUGAAUAAUCUCCUCCAGCACUUGAAAGACCAAAAGGACCCAAUAAUGGAGGGAGUUCUGUUGGAGACAGAGAACAUGCUAGCUCGUGGUAGAAUGGACCUACCUCUCAGUCUAUGCUUUGCAGCAAGCAGAGGAGAUGACUUGCUGUUGCAUCAGUUGUUGAGACGGGGUCUCGAUCCAAAUGAAUCAGACAACAAUGGGAGGACAGCUCUGCAUAUAGCAUCAGCCAAAGGAAGUGAGAACUGCGUGCUUCUUCUACUGGACUUUGGGGCAGAUCCUAACAGUAAAGACACAGAUGGGAAUUCGCCACUUUGGGAGGCAAUUCAGAAUGGUCAUGAACCAAUUGCCAAGCUGCUGCAAGACAAUGGUGCAGAUUUCAACUCUGGGGACGUGGGUCAAUUUGCUUGCUCUGCCGCCGAGCAAAACAGGGUGGACUUGCUCAAGGAAAUCGUUGGACAUGGAGGUGAUGUCACACGACCUAAAGCCAAUGGAACCACAGCUCUCCAUGCUGCAGUGUCAGAAGACAACGUUGAAGUCGUCAAGUUCCUGUUGGACCAAGGGGCUGACAUUGACAAACCAGACCUCAAUGGCUGGACACCAAGAGCUCUGGCAGACCAACAGGGACAUGAAGACAUAAAGAACCUUUUCCACUCGAGGAAAGAAAUAUCCAAAUUUCUUUCUGUUACCACUCCCGAGCACCAGCAGAAUGGAACCCGUUUCAUUGGAAGGUUUACAAGCGAGCCAAACAUCCACCCUCCGUCCCAGGACGGCUCAUUUGCAGGAGCAGACGGAGGACCUUGGGGACGAAACCGGCCACGGCGCAGGACUAAUAACUUCCACAACUCACUCUUUGGCAUGAUGUCAGCUGCCCACACCGGCGAGAAAGACUUGUUUUUCGCGGUGAAGGGGACGAGAAGUCCAAAGAGUAAAAACUAUGGAAGUGACCCUGCUAGGGUGACAAUUAGUUGCCCUGAAAAGGGUGAAGUUAAAGGGAAGCUUGUGCUGCUUCCGGUGAGUUAUGAGGAGUUGCUUGAGCUUGGUGCAAAGAAAUUUGGCUUCUCACCGGCUAAGGUCGUAACCAAAGAAGGAGCUGAAAUUGAUGACAUAGAUGUAGUUAGAGAUGGUGAUCAUCUUAUUUUUGUAAGCGUUGGUGAAUCACAACAAGAACCUGAGACCCAGAAUUCUCCAAUUCAAGGAGAUUAACAUGUUGGGUUUUGAGAUGGAUUAAAAAAAGAAGGCCGUGGCUAACCUUUGUAUUUUGGGUCA